GACGAUACGCUGUCGUUCAGUCACAAAGUUCAGCUUAGGGAUUUUAACAGAAUGCUAAAGCUCUAAACUUGAAAUUGUGAUUAUGAAAAUGUCGAGUUUUGCGGGUAAUAUGAGCUACAAAAUCUCCGUCACCCUUCAGUUUCGUGCUUUCUCAAUUCCCUGGGUGAAUGGAAACAAGGGAAUAUUAUGUUUGAAGGAUAGGGAAUAUAGUUCAUCGGUUCCAGUAAGGUAUAUUCCUAAGAAACCUUUGGAAACUGAAGAACCCGAAAUUUCUUCCCAUUUAAAGGGUUUGAGAAAGAAUGAAUCUCAUAAAUACUCUGCUUCGAAUGCAUUUGGAAGAAAGUUUACAAAUAAUAGCAGUAUUGUUGAUAAAAAGUUGCAAACACGAAAUGGAAUGUUCAAGAAAAAUGCAUUAUAUGAUGAUGUUAAACAAGAUCAUGAAGUAACACAGAAUCCUGUAGAUGUGGUUGAGGAGAUGCCUCAAGGACAGGGUAAUAGUGGAAAGAAUUCGUUACAAGUUUGCAAGGGAAUCUUAGAUGCUGAGAAGUCAGCAAUUGAGUUACUUGCGGCAAGAGCAUAUACUGCAGUUGAACUGAGAAAGAAACUGCUUGCGAAGAGAUUCCCUCCGGAUAUUGUUGAGACAGUGAUUAGGGAUUUCCACAAUAGAGGGUUUAUCAAUGAUAGCUUGUAUGCGGAAGCAUUUUCUCGAUCUAGAUGGUCUUCAUCAACCUGGGGACCAAGAAGAAUCAAGCAGGCAUUGUUCAAGAAGGGAAUAAGCGAAGCUGAUGCAGAAACUGCAUUAAAACUCGUGUUUGAGGGUCAGGUUGACGACUCUAACGAUGAUCAGGAAACCCGGAUUGGUUUGUCAAAGCUUUCGAUGGAUCACCUAUUAGUUCAGGCCUCAAAGCAAUGGUUUCGAGGUCAUGAUGUCCCCAAAGAGACACGCAAAUCAAGGAUUGUACGGUGGCUUCAGUAUCGCGGUUUCAACUGGGGUGUUAUUGGUUUCAUUGUAAAGAAAUUGGAAUCUCGGUAUCCUCCUUAAAGCACCAAAGAGGAUGGUUUGGCAGUACAAAGGACAAUUCCAGGUUUUGGCUUUAGAUUAGGUUUAAUUAUCCUAAUCCGAGUUUCAAAAUUCAUGUCUGAAAUGUCAACCUUAGUAAACAGCUCAUCUUAGCUCCUACCUCUACCAAACUUCAUGUUGCCUUAACCUUCCUAUAGUGACCCUUCUAUUGUCCAAAUGCGGUGAGGUUGAUUUUUUAUCUAUAUUGCUCCGAGUCUUCAUUUCU